CUCGUCCUCGCUAUUUUAUGGAUUUAUCCCAUCGCAAACUCCUCUCUCUCUCUCUCUCUCCAGUCUUCUCUCUCUAGCAAAGCUCCUACAUGGAAACCUUGGAGGGCGAGCAACUCGAGCGAGUCGACUCAGUAGUGGCUGACCUCGAAUUGGCGUCAACGUGUUCCGGCCUGUCGUCGGUUUUUACCACCGAGGAUUCCAGAAGCUCCUGCGAAGUCUCCAUGAUGAGCAACAGCUCCGGCGAGAUUCCGAGAAUUCUGGUGUUUGAGGCGGCGGUUCCGAGGCUACCGGAGUCCUCCGCAUCCGGCGAUUCGACCGCGGAGGAGAUUGCGGCGGCGUCGGCGAGGCAGAAAUGCGUCGGGCGGAACAACAAGGGGGUGAGCUGGGGCUUUACUUCGAUAAUCGGGAGGAGGAGGGAGAUGGAGGAUGCCGUGGCGGUUGUCCCGGGGUUCGUGUCGCAGAGUUGCGAUCAUGUCGGAGGUUGUACGGCUCCGGGUUCUAGAAGCUCCGGCGAGAUCUCACCUCUUCAUUUCUUCGGCGUGUACGACGGUCAUGGUGGCUCUCAGGUGGCUAAAUUUUGUGCUGAGAGGAUGCAUGAAGUGAUAGCGGGAGAGUGGACUCGAGAAACGAUUGCUGAUUAUGAAUGGAAGAGAAGAUGGGAAACAGCAUUCUCCGUUGGUUUCGAGAGAGCUGACAGUGAGGUCAUGACGGAGACAGUCGCGCCGGAGAUGGUUGGAUCAACUGCAGUUGUUGCGGUCCUGUCUGGUUGCCAGAUUAUUACAUCUAAUUGUGGAGACUCCAGGGCAGUUCUUUGUCGAGGGACUCAAACAAUCCCUUUGACUGUCGAUCAGAAGCCAGAUAGGGAAGAUGAACUCCUAAGAAUUGAAAGAGACGGAGGGAAAGUCAUAAACUGGAACGGUGCUAGAGUAUUCGGAGUUCUUGCCAUGUCCAGAGCCAUAGGCGAUCGGUAUCUAAGGCCAUGGAUAAUUCCAGUGCCCGAGAUUACAUUCACGACGAGGAGUGAUGAGGAUGAAUGUUUGAUCUUGGCAAGUGAUGGGCUUUGGGAUGUCAUGACCAACGACGAGGUUGGAGAGGUGGCUCGUCAUCUUCUAAGAAGACGCCGGAGGUCCAUGUUGAAUAGUAGUACUGAUGAUCAGACAUCUCCAGCACAAUUUGUUGCUGACAAUCUCACUGAGAUUGCAUAUGGAAGGCACAGUUGUGACAACAUUUCUAUCAUUGUGGUUGAUCUCAAAUCCAAGAGAAAACGCCAGCCAAGGCAAUGAAAAAGGGGCGUGUGGUGUGAGAAUGAUUAGGCAAAAGGAAAAAUCUCUUUACUGUUUCCCUCUAACAUGAAAAUCCCAAUUGAUCUAAUUCACCCUGUUCAAUCAAUGGUGAGGGCAGGAUUGAUCUAGUGAAGUCCAUACCUGACCUUCAGCUACCUUUUUUUCUAACCUGUACAUACAUUAUUGCUAACAAAAAAUGGGUUUGUUACCCAAAAAAAAAAAGAUUAGAUCAAUCUCCAUUUUAAUUGGCUUGGUCAAGAGGGGGAAAAAAAGAAUUUGUACGGUAGUAUUUCCUUGAGAUGAAUAAGAGAAAAAUUCGAAGGAUAAUGGUUUGCAA